CAGAGGAGGCCUGUGUGGCCCAGAGCGGGACCAGCUCCUGCUCCGAUUUCUAGCCUCGUUUCCUGGUGCAGCUUCCAGGCUCCAGCUGCUUCUGGUGAGCUGGGGUCUGCAUUUCUUCAUCCUCCCCCAGCAGAGGGAAGACAGUGCUGGAUAAGUGCUCAUUUAAAUAGCAACCUCCAUCCCAUCCACCUCUACGUUUCCCAGCUUCCUGGGUAGGCCAGGAGAAGAAUGGAGGUAUCAUCCCCUCCUUGCCAUUACAGUGUGUGCAAUGGGCAUGUGUCGCAGUAAGUGGACGUAGCAACCUGGGAAACUGACUGGGAGACUGUGCUGGGGCACCAGGAGCCUAGGGCUGCCUGCCCAGCCUCCAUGACUGUUGCCUGCUCUGGCCUGAGAUUCCACCUGGCCUUAGGUGAGUGCUCAGGGCACGAGGGCCAGGGCAGGUGAGGGGCUGAGCCUGUCUGGAGCUCCUGUGGAUCUGGUACAGCCUGUGGUCUAUGGCAGGGAUCUGGCUACAGGGCAGCCCACAGUUCACGAUAGCCAAGGACACUAGGCCAUGCAGGCUGUGAGGCCCAGUGGCCAUCUGGGCCAGACCUCAACUCAGAGAUGGGACCAGAGUGGCCAUAGGCUAUGUCCACAGACCCAAGAGGGGAGACUGUGCUGGGCAUGAUGUCAGCCAGGCUCCCCAGCAGGACUGGGGGUGUUAGGGGCAGCACUGUCCCAGGUGGCAGUCACUGGCUUCUCCUGUCCUCACAGCCGUCCUGUGGCCUAGUAUUGUCUGAGCUGUGGUCAGACCUCCCUGGUGCCAUCCAGGACCAGGGAGCAUGUGGUGGGUGUGUCUGCACCUGCCUUGCCUGCCUGCCUACUGUCGGUGGUUGAGGAUAGGGGUGACCCUGUCUCAGUGAUGUCCCACCUCAUGCCUGAGGAGCCCCAAAGAGAGAGGGCAGUGAUGCUCUGGGCGAGGGGGAGCUUGGAUUCUGCCUGCAGCUUUGCCCUAUUUGUGGAGUCUUCUGUGGGGGUAUGUGCCGAGGGGCAUCUCCCAGGCAUUGCUCCCCAGAAUCUCACAGGCCUGUAUGGAUGUUGGUGGGACAUAUGCCAAGAACAGAGGCGUCAGGUGGCCAGGUAUUGGGCAGGUCCCAGGUCUCUCUGGGCCUCAGUUUCCUUAUCUGUAGGAGGGUGGUGACUCUGUCUUGCCCAGCUUACUGGGUAUAGAUGGAAGUUUUCUGUGCAGAAGAGAAGCAGGGACCUUCCCCCAGAUGGUCAUGUUGUCUGUGGCUGUGCCCAGCUCUCUGGUGCUCCCCCCACGUGUGUCCCGGCCUCUUGCUUUGCAGCUCUCAGGUGUCAGGUGAGGGUCCUGCCCUACCUCUCCCUCCCCUGUUCUAGCCACAGGGCCUGCUGAGCUUGGAGCCAUGCCACCCCCUACUCUCCAGCCACCUCCUCCUGGGUCAGCUUGUGGGUAGGCUGGCCUGAUUCUGCACAGAGGUGAGUGUCCCUCCACUGCUGGGGCAGUGGUUGUCCACCCUCAGUCAGGAAGUGGCUGCUGUGCCUGAGCUUCCCCGGGUGCUGGGGCUCAACCUUGCUCUGCCCCCUCUGGUACCCUUAGAGCAGGCUGACUGCUAAGGCUGCUUCCCUGCCUUCCCCAUCCCCGCCUUUCCAGUAACUGCUACAAGAGGGGACCGGCAGUGCUGCAGAGAACUAGCCGGUCUUUAUGCGUGGCUGGUGGUGCCAGGCUUGGUACUCCAUUCUAGCGAAGGAUGAGGUCUCGAUCAUUGGCCUUAACAGGGUCUGUCCUGCGGCGUGUGGAUAGGCUGCUGGGAGUCAGGGCGGGGUGGGUUGGAGUAGAGCCUGCUGCCCACGGAGGGUGUGCGUGCUGUGGUGUGUGUGCAUGUCUGCUUCUCUUUCUCCUCCUUAUCACUAAUCAGCUUUACAUAACCAGGCUGGCCCUGCUUCCUGCUCAGGGGCUAUCAGUGUACCAUCUGGAGCUGCAAACGGGUGACAGGGCGUCGGCAGCCUCCCACACCCAGCACUUCCUGAUACACAGCCCCUCAUCUCCAGCCAACCUCUGGUGCCCGAAGGAUCCCGGGGCUCAGGACUCCAGCUGCGAGCCUUGCCUCUGGAGCACUCUCCUUUGCAGGGCACCUCAGAACAGGGAUGUGACGGAGUUUGGGAAGUGCCAGCUGUUGCAUGGACUCCCUGUCCACUUUCCUGGGGCAGAACCCUGGGAUGGGUUUUUAUCUAAGGAGGCAAAAGGGAGAGAGAAUGCCUAGAGGUUAGCUAUGUGACCCUGGGCAAAGGGCUUCUGCUUCUUUGUUUGUAGAUAGGGACAGUGUUUCCCCCUCACAGAGCUGUUGUGAGAAUUUAAGUAGAAACUACAUGUUAGCAAUCAGCACAGGGUGUAGCACCAGCAAGCUCAGUAACUUUUACUUGUGGCGGUUGUUAGUAGUGACCUGUUCCCCCAACGCUGACUCCAGCCUUCAGGAGGGAGCCUGAGCCCAGGGACAGCGGAUGGGCUGGAAGAGGAUGCCAGUCCCUGAGAGGAGCCUUCUAGCCAGACAUUGAGACCUAGUUGAGUCCAGGACCCAGCAAGAGAGCUGAGUUUAAGGGUGCAUCUUACACAGCAGUCCGUGAGUCUUUGGCGACCUUUCUGAGCUUCAGUCUCCUGUUGGCGAAGGCUGGGCAGUGGCGCACAGCCUAUUUCACAGGACACAGUGAGGUCUAGGUGCUGCCCCGCUCAGAGCACUCCACUGUGGAGCACCUCAUGGGCAGUAUCACUCCCAGGGGUGGGUGCCUACCCCAGUCCCCUUAGCCCGGUGCCUUGCAGGUUGGAUGUUGGAGAGUGAGGCCCUGAGGCGAGAUGUGGCCACCUGGUUCCUGACUUGCAUGUGCAUCUGCACCUGUGUCUGCCUGGGAGCCUCUGUCCCAGGGCAAGGAGGAGGGCCUAGAGCUGGAACAUUCACCUGCCUCACCAACAACAUCCUCAGGAUCGACUGCCACUGGUCUGCCCCAGAGCUGGGCCAGGGCUCCAGCCCCUGGCUCCUCUUCACCAACAACCAGGCACCAGGCGGUGCGUACAAGUGCGUCUUCCAGGGCAGCGAGUGCACUGUGGUGCUGCCGCCCGAGGGGGUGCUCGUGCCCUCGGACAACUUCACCAUCACUUUCCACCGCCGCGUCGCUGGGAAGGAGCUGGUUAGCCUGGUGGACCCUCAGUACCUGCCCCGGAGACAUGGUGAGCAGGGGCGCUGCAGGCCUGCGGUGGAAGCCUUGGCAGGAACGUCCCGGCUGCCUGGGGGCUUGGGCAGGGCCCUACAGCCUGUGACCGUGUGGCCCAUUAAGCUGGACCCUCCCUCUGACUUGCAGAGCAACGUCAGCUCUGGCUACUGUGUCCUGACCUGGAGCAUCAAUCCUGCCUUGGAGCCGAUGGCCACACUUCUCAGCUACGAGCUGGCCUUCAAGAGGCAGGAGGAGGCCUGGGAGUGGGCCCGGCACAAGGACCACAUUAUUGGGGUGACCUGGCUCAGCCUUGAAGCCACCGAAUUGGACCCUGGUUUCACUUAUGAGGCCAGGCUUCGUGUCCAGAUGGCCACACUGGAGGAUGACGUGGCAGAGGGGGAGCAUUACGCGGGUCAGUGGAGCGAGUGGAGCCAGCCUGUGUGCUUCCCCUCCCCGCAGAGACAAGCCCCCCUGAUCCCACCCUGGGGCCGGCCAGACAGCACAUUUGUUGCUGUGUCCAUCUUUCUCCUGCUGACCGGCCUGACCUACCUCCUGUUCAAGCUGUCACCCAGGGUGAAGAGAACCUUCUACCAGAACGUGCCUUCUCCAGCUCUGUUCUUCCAGCCCCUGUACAGUGUGCAUAAUGGGAACUUCCAGACCUGGACGGGGACCCAUAGAGCCAGUGUGCAGCGGAGCCAGGACAGCACCCCGCAAGGGGCCUUGGAGCCCGGUGUCCAGGAGGCCUUUGCACUGCUUACCUUUGGCCAGCAGUCCGUGGGCGUGGAGGAGGAGGAGGAGAGCACUGGGACCCUGGGGGCCUGGAGUUCCAAGGACGUGCUACCAGCAGGGUGUACAGAGGUGGGAGGACAGCCACCUGCCUACCUGCCUCAGGAUGACUGGACCCACGUGUCCCCCACCAGGCUGGCUCCCCCAGAGUCAGAGGGCAGCAGCAGCGACUACUGUGCCUUGGGCUGCUAUGAGGGGCCCCACCCCUGGGCCCUCCCAGGCAAUACCCAGAGCCCUGGGCCCAUCCGAGCCUUGGCCUGUGGCCUUUCCUGUGACCAACAGGACCUCGGGACCCGGCAAGGUGGCAGCUGGUCACUGUCAGAGGCAUGGCUACAUGAGGGAUUCCAGUGUGUUGUGCUCCCUCCUGUCCUUGGCAGGCAGUAGGCUCAGUCCUGAAAAUUCUAGAACCCUGACUCGGUCAGCUACAUCCUGUCCAUUUUGGGGAAAAUAGACUAAAGUCUCUGGAGCUGACCUUGGCUGAGCCUGGAACUCCCAGGAAGGGGCACCAUGCAGUGGUCAGCAGUCCUGUCUGGAUGGAGGCUGCAGGUCUCUCCUCACCCUCUCUGCUCGGCACCUGUGAGGAGCGGCCUCCCCCUCAGCACUCUGCCCACAGCCCCCAGCAGCCCCUCUCCACUUCCUGGCCCUACCCCGGCCUGUCUGAGAAGAGAGGCCCAUGCCUGUUCUGCUCUCACCCAUGUAAAGGGCCAGCCUGGGCCCAGGGGCCACCCAUGAGACCCUAUGACCAAGAGUUGUGUGACCUCUUUCUGUGCCCUCCUGGGGCACCUUUGCUACUGAGAUUAAAAGGGACAUACGGCUAUUCCAACGUGUUGGUGGCUGGGGAGGGACCAGGGGAGGUGUGAGGGGUGUGAUGUGGCCAGCCCUGGGCUUUCUGGGCUCCAGGGACCAUAGGUGGGGGUCUGGGGAUGGCUCCAGGGACACUGCCCCUCCUGUCCUGGUCCUCCCACUGGCCCCAGGAGACUGAGCGCUGACUCCCAGACGGUCAGGGCAGGAAUGACCAGCCGGCAGUGGCUGUGACCUGAAGGCCCCUCACCCUCUCAUGGGCAGCUGUGGUCUGAAGAGGCAGUGGUGGGUAGAGCAGAACUUGCCCGCACUGGUGUCCUAGGGCUGCCUUAACAAAACACCACAGACUGGGAGGCUCAGAACAGCAGAGACUUGUUGACUCACAGCUGUGAAGUCCAGAAGUCUGGAGUCGUGUCGGCAUGGUUGUGUUCCCUCUGAAGGUGCUAGGGAGAGGGCCCCAGACCCCUCUCCAGCUCCUCGUAGUUUCUUGGCUUGUGACAAUAAAGCUCC